CAGUCCGAGCCGAACUAAAUAGAGGGAGAGAAAGGAAGAAGGUGAUGGGAAUUAAAAAUGGCCGCGUGUUAUUUUUGAAAUAUUUUUAUGUAGAUGAUGGAGAACGAAACUGAGAAAAAAGUUAAAAAAAGUGUUUUGCCAAGACGUCAUGGAGGUGGACCUCAUAAUCUAGGUGAUCCUGAUGAUCAAUCUUUGAGGAAAGUCGAGAAAGAUAUUCUGAUACCAAAGAAAAUUCGUGAGAGAGCUAGAACUGAAAAGUGUGUCGAUGAAGUUAAAGCUCUCACUGAAUGUGGAAAAGCAGCUGGACUCGCGAUUGUCUAUAAAUGUAGAGAAGAAAAUCAGAAGAUGUGGGAUUGCUAUGAGAAAUGGUACCACGAUCAGGAAUUAAUUGAUCAGUGUACGAAGGAGUAUUUAAAUGAAAGGACAAUAUACCGGAGAACAGGAAUCGGCGCCAAAUACCAGAAGGAACACGGGCUUACGUAGUUGUAAAUAAUAGUUUAUGUUAUAAAUAUUUUAUAUUUAUUAAGGUGUUUAAAAAUAAAAAAUGAACUAGAUAUCACGUAUAAAAAUUAGUUACGCUAAUAAAUUUGUUAUUAAUUAAUUAUUAAGACGAAUCAUCACUACUGUCAUCAUCUUUGGAUGAUUCAUCUUUAUCAUUAGUCUUCCAUCUUCUCCAUAAUAAUUCACGUACUGUGAAUUCUGAUAUUGAUUCCAAUGGCACUGGAUUUGUUUGUGAUACCGACGAUGGCCACAACACCUGUGCUAUUAAAAACUCCUACAAAAAAAAAUAUUUAUUCAUUAAUAUAUAAUUAAUUUUAUCAUUAAACUCCAACGCAAAUUUAAUUAAUAAAUUUUAAGACCGCGAAUUUCAAACAGCCGCGAUUUAUUUCGGGUAAAUUUUUCCUCUGCUAAAGUAAAUAAAAUUUUUUAAUUUGCGAGCAGUUUUAAUUGAAAACGAGUUCGAAUGCAGCUCUGAGGUUUAUUUUAAAUUAAUUUUUGGUAAUAAUUAAAAAAAAAUAAUUACUUUAGCUGUUAUUUCAUUUAAUCUGUUCAUCUGCAGUAAACUUUUCCAAUUCAUUUUACGUGUGCAUCUAGAAUCAUCACGUAGUAACGUAUCUGCAUCAGCAGUAUCAACAAUUACUGUAUAAGAUGCGUGAUAAAAAGGUGGUCCUUGUUUGUAGAGUACUAAAAAAAAUAAUUAUAUUUAUUAUUUGAUACAAUGAGUUGAUGAUAAAUAAAUAAAUAAAUAAGGGAGAUACUCACAAAAAUCACAGCCAAAUUUUAAUCCAGCCUUAACUACCCAGCCCUUGCUGCGGAAAUAAUGAUAAACGAUAUACCGAGGCAGGAAUAAUUUAUCUUGAUUGAAAUGCGUCCAGGCAUCGGCGAUGGACAUCAACUUGCCCUCAUAGUCGACCAGCUGAAGACAACCCAAUCCGAACAUGAGAAAAAAAGUUUCUUCGAAAGUCAACAGAAGUGUCUCUGUCAGAGGGAACGCUUCUGUUUCAAUGCGAGGCUCGACGUCGUUCAAAUAAUUCUCAGUGUCUGAGUCGCUGUCCGGCAGGACCAGAGUUUCAUUCAAAUUUAUUUCUUCGUUACGAGUGGGGUCGUAGCAGUCAUAUGAAAAGUUGUAAUCAUUGUGAUCCUGGUCGUCAUUGAGAACACGGAUGUCGUCGCACUGCGAGUCACUGCGAGAUCUUUCAUCAGUCUUGUCAAUUAUUUCACAGACCUCUUCCUCUUCAGCGGAAUCUAACACAACUUCAUCUAUUUCGGGAGCUUUUGAUUUCGAACCACGUGUCGUUUUCUCGUCGAUUAUUUUCGGAUCGUCGUCUAGAUCAAUUGAAAUUUCCAUGGGCUCGUCAUUUUUGUUUGCUUGCGAAGACUCGCCUGCUUCUGCAGUAUCACUGUCCAGAGUUAUCAACUCCUCCUCCUGCUUAAUAUCUAGUGGGAAUAUGGACAAUUGUUUCACUUCCUCCAGCCAUUCCUGGCGGCGUUUCCACUGACGAUCACGAACUAUCGGUGGUGCUCCGAAACGUCUGGCUCCAAACUUUGGUAUUGACUUUGACAGUGACCCUUUACCAAAAUAACCCUACAAUAAUUAAAUUAAUCAAUGAAUUGAUUUACUAAUUAAAUAAAUAAAUAUAUAAAUAAAAUUACCAUGGUGUGGACGGAUUUCAUUUCAUCAGGAUCAGCAAUACAAGCACCGGCAACACCUAGAUGUGCUGUGUAAACAUGCCAUUGAUCAUUUUUACCAAUAUUUAUUGGAAAAGGAGACUGCUGAGGAUAAUACGGACGUUUUUUACGUCGAGGUUCUUUUAAAUUCAUUUUUUGUAUUUUAAAUAUUUCAAAUUAUUUUU